UCACAUGCGGCAAAAGUAAAUAAUUUAAAUGCAUUUCCGUGCAUUUAAUCGCGCUGUGCUCAAACUUUUGCUUACGAAUAAACGCGGAAUAGCGCUCGACAAACGCAGCAUGGCCUGCAGCAGAUAUGAAUACGUUAAGUCCUACGAACAGGACGACAGAAUAUUGCCAAAUGUGUGGAUUGUGAUACGCAUCGAUGGCAAGAAAUUUCACAAGUUUGCCAAUGCGCACAAAUUCGAAAAGCCCAACGAUGAGAAUGCGCUGAAUGUGAUGAAUGCCGCCGGGAUUGCAGUCAUGCAGGAGUUCCGGGACAUUGUGCUGGGCUACGGCCAGAGCGAUGAAUAUUCGUUUGUCUUUCGCAAGGAUACGACAGCCUUUAAGCGACGCGCCGCCAAGCUGCUGAGCUACGUGACGAGCAUGUUCUCCAGCAGCUAUGUGCUCAGCUGGCCACAAUGGAUGCAGCAGCCGCUGUGCUAUGCGCCCUGCUUCGAUGGCCGUAUUGUGCUCUAUCCGUCGGAUGAGAAUCUGCGCGACUAUCUGAGCUGGCGGCAGGCGGAUGUCCAUGUGAAUAAUCUGUAUAAUACGGCAUUUUGGAAACUAGUGCUAGAGUCGGGUCUGACCAAUCAACAGGCGGAGGAGCGGCUACGCGGCACACUCUCCGCCGACAAAAAUGAGCUACUCUUCCAGCAGUUUGGCAUUAACUACAACAAUUUGCCGGCCAUGUAUCGCAAGGGUACGAUCUUGCUGCGCAAGCGGCUGCUGCUGCAGGAUGGAGAGCAGGAGAAGGGCAGGCAGGCGAUAGUGCCCAUACAUGAGGAUCUGAUUGGCGCCGCGUUCUGGCAAAAGCACACCGAAAUACUGGGCAAAUAUGUGCCGGGCACACAUGUGCCGUCAAGUUUGUGCAGACAGCUUGAAGCUCAGCUGCAGGAGAAGGCCACAAUCAGCUGAGUUUGGACUUAUGACAAUAGUUUAAUAACAAAUUAUUACAAAUACAUUAAGAGCAAAGCAAAUA